AUGUGUGGUCCAAAGGGUGAUUUGACAGGAGGAUCCACCCUCUCACAUGAGAGCCUCAGGGCACAAUAUGACAUUUUAAAGACCAUAGGCCAGGGAAGCUAUGCCCAAGUGAAGCUGGCCCACCACCGGCUUACGGGCAGAGCGGUGGCGAUAAAAGUCCUGCUGAAGCAGAACAGACCGAACUGCCCAGUUUGCACGGAAGUGGGUAUAAUGAAGAGGAUGGACCAUCCAAACAUCAUUUCACUGCACCAGGUCAUUGAAACGGAGCAGAAUGUCUUUCUGAUACUGGAACUGGCUGAUGGACAUGAGUUAUUGGAUUGGAUCAUGGAAACUGGCUACCUGCAUGAGGGUCUAGCCCAGAAAAUAUUUGGUCAGAUUGUACAUGCCAUGUGUUACUGCCAUGACAUGGGUGUAGUUCACAGAGACCUCAAGCCGGAUAACAUCAUGGUGGACUCUACAGGCAAAGUCAAAAUCAUAGACUUUGGGUUGGGUGCCUUCGUCAAGCCUGGAAUGAAGCUUUCCAGAUGCUGUGGUGCCGUACUAUUUUAUCCCCCGGAAGUCUUUCUGGGCCAGCCAUACGAUGGCACUAAAGUUGACACAUGGACCUUAGGUGUCCUUCUGUAUUUUAUGGUGACUGGGAAGCUGCCGUUUAAAGGUAAAUCCUAUAAAGAGAUUGAAGACAAGGUUUUGCUAGGACGGUAUGAUGUUCCCUAUCAUCUCUCAAAAGAGCUAAGACAGAUUAUCCGAUACUUACUAACUGUAAAUCCUACAGAAAGACCAACACUGAAGAACAUUAUGGAGCACCCUUGGCUUAGGCAAAGAAAUGCAAGUUCAUCAAGCCUCUCUCAUAAGAUGGACCCUAGCUACCCAGACCCUGCAAUCAUGGCAGCCAUGGCAGCUAUGGGGUUUGACCCACGUGAUGUCCAGAAAUCUUUACUCAAUAAGCUGUAUAAUGAACCCAUGGCAACUUAUGGCCUACUGCAAUGCCAGGCACGCCAGCAGGAUGACUACACCAGCCUACCCAAGCCAGUACAACCAGGAAUAACACCUUUCCCCACUCUCACAGAUCCUACUAACUUCCGUUGCUACCAAAGGAGGACAACUAAUAAUCCAGCCAUUCGAAUCUUUUUUUCAUCAUGCUCAAAAACUGACUCUUCUAAGGACAAAGAGCAGGUAAAGCAGAGGCUAAGAAGAAGCUCCACUGCACCUGUAAUGCUGCCCCAGUGCCAACAGAAGAUAAUCACUUUUAAUGAGGACAGAGUUGGCACAUGGUACAGUAGGCGUAUGGCCUCAAUCCGAAAUGCAUACAGGAGCUGUAAGACGUGGGCAAGAAGGAUGGGAUCCAGCUUAUUACACCUCUGCUGCUGCGUUCCACCCAGGAGGAAAAGAGUGGUGCCCCAAUGGGAGGCAUACUAG